AUGCGCUCCCAUAGAGCGUGCGCAGCGCCACACUCAAGACGACACGGCCCAAUUAUCCUGCAGGACCAGAAAAACGGCAAAGGAACAAAAAACGAAGACGUCCAUUCAUCGAUUGCCGAGACGCGGGUCGCUUUCAUUUUGCGUGCGUGUGUGUGCGUGUGUGUGUGUGUGUGUGUGGAUGGAUGGAGGAAGGUGGUUCACUUUUGGCUGAAGCGACGCCGUCUUGUUGUAGAGUGCUGCCGUCUUGCAACGCUUCCUACCUCCCCACUCCUCCCACGCUUCGGCGCAUUCGUUUCGAUCCUUGUCGUUGGCGCACCGCCAACCCCUCUCGCUCAUUUCGUUUGCAUCGUCACCAGCAUCGCACUCCUCGAAGCCAUAAUGUCCGCCGCAGCCUCCGCACCGCGGCAUCGUCGGUACGUCGAUAUGACGCCCGAAAGGGAGCAGAAGAUUACUCAGCUUGUGCAGCUCAUGAAGGAGACCUAUGACCCGCUUCCGAAACAGCUGCAAAUCCUGCUGUCCUACUCGCCGACUUCAGAGGACGCGCCGACGCCGCACAACACCACGCGCAGCUACUGCUACUGCGCCCUCAUCUCUUGCCAGUGGGAAGUGCAGAAGGCGUUUGAAGCCAUGAAGAAGAACGUGGCGUACCGCCUGCAGUGCCACCUCGACGAGCGCAGUGAGCUGCCGUCGGCGGUUUCGAUCCGCGGGUGGAACGAGAUGGAAGUGGUGCGUGCGCUGGGCAAGGAGGAGCGGGCAGGCAAUCAGCGCGCCGAUGAGAUCAUCGCCAAGCUCGAUCGAUACUUCCCAUGUGGUCUUCACUACUGGGACAGGUACGGACAGCCUGUCUUCUACCUCAUGUUGGGCAGCGUUGACGAGGAAAACCUACUGAAGGAGCUGAAGCAGACCACGGCUGUUGGUGAGUCCGUGGACGCGGUCAUGUGGGAGAUGCUGCAGCACUUGCUGGGUUCGGGUGAAUGGCUCGCGUACUACCAGCAAAUGCAGUACGAUGCGGGUCAGCUCAAGGUUGACGCCUCCGAAGGGCUCAUCCGAGCAACCACGAUCGUAGUUGACCUGCUGGGGUUCACGUACAAGAUGAUCUGGAAGCCGGCGAUCGAUCUCUUCGUCACCUGUCUCAAGACGCUGUUCGCCCACUACCCCGAGUGCGUGCAUCGCAUUCUCGUGGUGAAUGCGCCGUCGAUGGUGACGCUCGCCUAUGGCAUCAUUCGCCACGUUCUUCCUGGCACGGUGCAGGCAAAGGUUCACAUGGCCAAACCGAGUGCGUCGCUGGCGCUGCUGCAGGAACACAUCGAGAAGCAGUACGUGCCAGAAUUUUACGGCGGCGCGUGCCACUGCCAGGGUGGCUGCGUGCGUUCGUACAGGCCGAAGAACGCCGCUAACGGCACCACUACUGUUGACCAGGACGAUGCCCAGAGCGCCGCGGAGUAG